CUUUUAAGAAGUAUGAAAGAUGAAAUUUUUCCUAUAUAAGAAGGGCUUAAAAUUAGUGUCAUCUUACUUUCUCCUCUAUUGAAAAUCCGUCUACACCAACUAACCUUAAUAUCCACCAUGGCCAAUGCAGCUCUAAAACUCAUUUCCACCAUUUUUAUACUUGUAUUUCUCUCAAGCUUCAUAAUCCCAGGACAUGAUUGUCAAGAAUUUUCAAGAAAAUUAUCAAAGAAAGAAUUUGGCCUCAAAAAACAAAAACUAAGCCACCUGCACUUCUACUUCCAUGACAUAGUAAGCGGCCGAAAUCCCACCGCCGUCCGCGUAGCUUCUGCCGCCAUGACAAACACCUCCUCCAGCUCUUUCGGCGCGAUGUUUAUGAUGGACGAUCCUUUGACAGUCGGCCCAAACAUGACCUCCAAACUCAUCGGAAGGGCACAAGGCAUUUAUGCAUCGGCGGAUUUGGAUGAACUCGGUCUUUUGAUGGUUUUGAACUUUGCUUUUGUUGAAGGCAAGUACAAUGGCAGUACCCUCAGCGUGCUGGGGCGGAACAUGGUGUUUUCCGCCGUGAGGGAGAUGCCGAUUGUCGGCGGAAGUGGGCUUUUCCGAUUUGCUCGUGGCUAUGCUCAGGCAAAGACUCACUAUGCUAAUUUACAAACUGGGGAUGCCAUUGUAGAGUAUAAUGUAUAUGUCUUCCAUUAUUGACAUAUCCCUAGUGUACUACUGUCGUAAACCUUUCAACCGACAUAUUUUCGAAAUUCUAAACAUUGUUACAAGUGAUUUUGGUAGUAUUUUCUGAUGUUUUCAAAAUUAGAUUUAUAAACGUGCUUUGUACGUUGUAUGAGACGAUACUU